AUGAAGGUUUCCAAUUUGAGCUUGGCUCUGUUGACUGCGGUCUCCUCGGCGCAAGCCAAAUCCACCAUCAUUGAGUACUCCACUGUGCCGGGAUACUUUCUGCAAGACGAGGCAGCUACGGAUCCAUCUACUUUUGACUUUACUGCCGUAAAUUUUGGGCUUAUCGACCGUACCUAUCCGGCUGAUCAUGAAAAGAAGAACCACUAUAACGACAAGACUCUUACGCAGUGGGAACGCUUUUAUCAUCAAGUCGAGAAGCUGAAUCGGGACUCGGACAAUGAUGUCGAGUACAAGGUCCUCUUCUUGGGUCGUCAUGGCGAGGGUUACCACAACGCAGCCGAGUCCUACUAUGGCACUCCUGCCUGGAAUUGCUACUGGGCGGAGCUUAAUGGAAACAGCACUGCGACCUGGCGCGAUGCGGUCCUAACUCCGAAUGGCAUCGAUCAGGCACUCACCGCCCACGACUUUUGGCAAAAGCUCAUUGAAGAGCAAAAGAUUCAUACUCCGGAUGAUUAUUAUGUCUCGCCUCUCACUCGCGCGCUCCAAACUGCCAACUAUACCUUUGCCGGGUUGGACUUCCCCCGUGACUCGGCACAAUUUAAGCCCGUCGUGAAGGAGCUUUUCCGCGAGGGUAUUAGCAUCCACACUUGUGACCACCGCCGCAGCAAGAGUUAUAUUCACAAGCUCUUCCCCAAAUGGCAUAUCGAGAAGCACUUCACCGACGAGGAUGAGCUGUGGAAUGGAGUCACCUCGGAGACCAGCGCGGCUCAAGAUGCUCGUAGUGCCCAGGCUCUGGGGGAAGUCUUCUUCUCCUCGAGCAGCAAGAAGCAUUUCUUCGUGAGUGUGACAAGCCACUCGGGUGAGAUCAGCUCCAUCUUGCGAGUUGUUGGCCAUCGCUCAUUCCGUUUGAGCACCGGCGCCGUCAUCCCUGUCCUUGUCAAGGCGGAGAAGAAAAAAGUCAAUGACCCUCCUACGACCACUACUUCAAUUGCGUGGGCCACUGAACCGCAUUGCACGGUGCCCCCCGUGACCAGCGUCUCGGUCUGUGUCUGCCCGUCCAGCGCUGCGCCCGUCACGACGCCUCUGGUGACGGGUGUUUAG